CCUCCCAGCGAGCCACUGAGUCACUCUGUGGCCGAGCACCGAGGAGAAAGGAUCCUGCAGGAUGAAGCUCAAGACCUUCUGCAUGAUCUCGACCCUCAUACUGGAGAGCUCCAUCGCCGUGUCAGCGGUACCAGACGACGAGUGCAACGACGAGUUCCCCGCGCGCGAGAACUGCGAGUUCGACGAGGUGUGCGAGGACGCCUCCUGCAAGCACAACGAGUACGUCACGUGUCACAUGAACCGCUGCGGCACGUGCGAGGCCGUGUUCCGCGGCUACGACAACCUCACCGUGAGCUGCAACGAGCUGACUCCAAAGUGUCGCCUGAUGCACCUGGAGAUGCUGAACAAGCGCCGCACCGGGAGCAUCCUUCCCGGCGGGAGGCUGGACAUGGAGUACGACCCCGAGUGCGACGAGCACGGCAUGUUCAAACCGAAGCAGUGCGACGACGACUCGAACCUAUGCUGGUGCGUGGACAGCGCGGGCGUGAGGGUCACCGACAAGACCGGCGACGACCCCAAGUGCGACCGUCUGGUGCGAGUCCACCUCGUGGAAAUUUUAUUUACAUUCAAAGCGGAGUUCACCCCUCUGGCCAGAACUAAAGACGCAAUACGACGACAGCUGGUCUUUAAGCUGGUGAAGGAAUACACGCUGGACACCACACAGAUACUGGAGAUAAACAUUGAGGAGCGCUCCCACGUGGUAUCGAUCCGCCUCGCAGAGAACGGCACCAAAGACCCGGUCGACGUGGCAACGGUGGCGCACUACAUUGAGCGAGAUCUAAAGAACAGCAAAUUCGGCCUCGAGUUGGACGGACGGAGUCUGGAGGUGGAGCGUGACUCCAUCAAGGUGCUGUUCUUUGACAGUGAGCCACCACGAAUGAACAUGAAGACCAUCUCACCAGGCUUUGCUGCCAUCAUCAUCGUCAUCGCCCUGGCCAUCCUCACCGGCAUCGCUGUUUUUGUCGUGGUGCGUCGGAGAGCUGAGCAGGAGAAGAAGAGGUUACAGUUUGAAGUUAUUGAGGGUCAAGGGCAAGAUGACUACCACAUGACGCAGAGAGACACAAUGGCUUACUUUGUCAUGUGACAAAUUCAUUAUUUGAUUUCUGCUGAUAAGCUUCUCAGGUACUUUGAGUGCCUUGUAGAUGGACUUUCACCCUUAAUUUCUGUUAUACAUUUUUUGUUACUUUUAUCUGUAGUAACUGACGGUGAAAUGGACUGUACACAUAGUAGUGAA